UGAAUUCGUGGUAUGACGUAUGAUGCGUCCAGCAUGGACCGCUAUGGCACCUUCGACGGCGGUGGUGAAGGCACUAGCGUCGGAUCCAGCGCACGAUGCCGAGUGCGGCGUCGUUCAUCUUCUUCGUCGCAUUCAGGUGCACAGGUUAAUGCCGCUUUCAUCCCCGAAUAUCCUCCCAACGCCUCCGUAGACCUCCGGCCGUGUCUGGUUAACGAGGCUUCAGCGUCCUGGCUGUCACGCCUCGGCUUUCUCUUCGUGGAGCCACUCGUGGCGCUCGGAGGUGCGCGCCGCCUACGUCUUCAAGAUCUAUGGACACUUGAGCCCGAGAAUACGUCGGAACAGGCCGAGAGACGCUUCCGUGCCGCGUACACUGCAACCGGCGAUCUGAUGGCCGCCAUCUUGCGCACUGAGUGGCGCGCCAUCGUGUACAGUGGUGGCCUAGGAUUGUGCUCGGCCAUAAGUGCCUGUUGCGUCCCUAUACUUCUCUUCAAACUGUUGACAGCCGCCAUGGACCCCGAGAGCGAGCACCGGUCCGUGCUGGAGCUGCUACUGCUGCUGGUAGGUAUCCACGUGGCCGUCAUGCUGGCCGUGUUGUUCGACCGCCACGCGCGCUUCAGGAUGUUCAAGGCUCAGCUCCGUGUCGUGUCCUCUAUCCGUCUCCUAGUCUUCGCCAAGUCAGUUCAACGGCCAGUUAAGGGCCGUCACGGCACGAGCACCAGUAUCGCCGCCAUCGCCACGCUCUACUCGUCCAACCUCGUACAGUUGAGCUGGCUGCUCAUCCGAUUCCACGACAUGUGGACGUCCACUGUUCAGCUCUCGGUACUGCUCUUCAUCUUACACCACACGUUACAGACAAGCGCGACUGUAAUCCUGUCGUCUCUGGCUGUCAUCAUAGGCGGCUUAUCAGUGUUGACGGCGCUUUCAGCCAGGAUGCUGCAAUGGUACACCAAGAAACGGGCCAAGACGCUGGCCACAGUAAACGAGUGCUUUAAAGGGAUCCAGUCCAUCAAACUGUACGCGUGGGAAGAUAAAAUCCUGUCCAAGAUCAUGUCAGCCAGACGAAAAGAAGAGAAGAGGAAGUUAUGGGAAGCAGCCUUCCGAAUUCUUCGCUACUGCUGUGUGUGGGAGGCACCAGCGUUCGCAUCAGUCGCGAUUUUUACAUCCCUAGCUGCGCGUGCAGGUUUCUUCUCGCCUGCCACGGUGUUCACAGCUUUGAUUUUGAUCGACCAUGUCCAAGUUGAACUGCACGGACUGAUUAUGGGCAUCCGAGUAAUGAUCGACGGGCGUGUUGGACUGCGUAAAAUCGGCCAUUAUCUCCGGUAUUGCGAUAAAUUCGCCAUCGAUACGACUGAUGGGACUACAGAGGAGACAGAGCGCAAGACGUACCCUGAUGGUGUUGUGGCUGUCAUGGAGAAUGUAGAUUUAUCAGUAGGAUACCAUUCGCCCACGACGGUUCUGGCCAAUGUCAACCUGCGUGUGAAUGCAGGGGAACUUGUAGUGAUCCACGGAAAGGCUGGAGCCGGGAAGACGACGCUCCUGACUGGAUUCCUAGGUGACGUUGCCUGUGUGAAGGGCAGUGUGUUUCUGUCACCACACUACAAGGUCGCGUAUUGUUCGGAGCAGCCAUGGCUACAGACUCUGAGCAUCAGAGAAAAUGUACUUUUCGGGUAUCCUUUCUAUGAAGCCAAGUACUAUCGCGUGUUGGAUGCCUGUUGCUUGUUGGAAGACCUCGAGAGCUUGCCCGAUGGAGACGACACGAUGGUCGGACCGAAAGGAAUUAACCUCUCUGGCGGCCAGAAAUCUCGCAUCGCUCUGGCCCGAACUCUGUAUUCUGAUGCAGACGUGUAUCUGCUUGAUCGCCCAUUGGCUAGUGCCGACGCCAUUGUACAAAGCGACGUGUUUCGGAAAUGUUUCCUGGAGUUACUUCGCUACAAGACAAUUAUUGUUGCCACGCACAACCCGGAAGUCGUGGAGUCCGGUUUUGUUGAUCGCUUGUGGCACGUUAAUGAAACUUCAGUGGCGGAGACCUGUCGCGGUGGAUCCUCUUCAACUUCCACAGGAACCGCAAGCCGUCGUGCUCGUCGGCUUGCAGAUAUUCCGCCCUGGCGCAUUAGUCGCAACGAGGAGAAUACGGGCGAAGAGUACUCCCCAUUUGCUAUGGAUAACCAGCAGAUUCAAGAGGUUCGGACACGGAUAUUCCACGGGGGCCGUCGAUCGGCGUCGAAAGUGGCUUUAAUCCCUAAGUGUGACUUGACUCGGCACACAGUGGAUGGAGUUGCAAAGGAGAUUUGGUGGCCGAGUCGUGGACGUAAUUCUUCUCUAAUCGCCUGCGCUCUCUUUGUCACUUACGGUCUCGUGGAGGUGGCGAAGAGCUUGUGGUUGGUGCACUGGAGUAAUAUGACGUGGACGUACGUCGAUAUGUGGAAAGCGACGGUCGUCUACGGUUUGCUGAGCGUCGCAGCGUUCGUUGUUCUGCUUGUUAGCUCUGCAGUGAUCUUUUAUGUGCUCUCCAGACGUGCUAAGAGUACCUUCAGUGACGUGACCCAGUCCCUCCUCCGUGCCCCCAUGUCUGUGCUGUAUCAAACUCCAAUCGGUGAAAUCCUGGCGCGUUACUCGACGGAUAUGCAAGUGAUCGACGGGUUGAUGUCGUUCCCUUUGGUGUUUCUGUUUCGAAGUACUGUAUCGAUUGCGGCUGCAUUAGGGAUAAUGUGCUAUCUGCUGGGUGUUACAGGCGCAGUUUUCGCGGCUCUGACGGCGUACAUGUGCAUAGGCAUGGUGGACAAGCGUCUAUUUGCUCAGGUUUACUCGCUGAGAGCAGAACUUGAGGCUGCAGACCUGAAUUUCGUUUCAGAAACUUUGGACGGAGCUGCAGUCAUCCGCUCGUUUGGAGCCGACCAGGUGGAGCGUGUUUGUCUGCAUCACGGCAAAAUGGUUGACGAUAGAUCACGGAUAGCCACCGUUGUGGAGGUGUUUACUCAUUGGCUGUAUAUUCGAUGCAGCCUUUUGGUAGCGGUCUUCUUGUUCUGUUUAGCUCUUCUUCUGACACAUGGAGGACUACAAGCGAGCACGCUGGGUCUGAUGCUUCACUGUAUCUACAGUAUUCAGCGUGACUUUGUCUCGUUCUCGGUGGGGAUCCUGAACAGCUCGGUCAACAUGUUCAGCAUUGCCAACCUGAAAAAGUUCCAGCAUAUUCCACCUGAAGAAAACAUAGAACAGAAGGGGGUCCAGCAACGCCUAAGUGCUCCUCUUCAAUGGCCUACGACUGGUGCUGUCGUUUUCGAUCACGUAUUCUUUCGAUACGACAUGGCACAAAAAGACAGCGAUCUAUCAAGUUGCGCACUGAAAGACGUGACGUUUUCAGUUGCUGGUGGUGAAAAGAUUGGCGUUGUGGGGAGAACUGGAUCCGGCAAGAGCUCGCUUGCCAUGGCAAUGUUGCAAAUGCACAGCUUACCACGUGGUCGGAUUCGUAUCGAUGGAGUAGACAUCAGUCGUCUACAUUUGCGUGACAUCCGUAGUCGGAUCUGUAUCAUCCCGCAAACCCCGUUGUUCUAUCGGUGCUCUAUUCGUCGAUACUUAGACCCGUUCAAGGAGUUUAAUGACGAUGCGUUAUGGGAAGUUCUAGUCAAGACUGGUCUCUGUGAUACCCCCGGGCCAGUUAGUGACGGUGGCGAAGUUAGCGAAGAAGAGGUUUACACUGGAGAGCAAGCUACAAGCCGAGUGAUCGUGACGAACCUAGACAUGAGGCUGGCAGAGAAUGGAGAAAACUGGAGCAUGGGCGAGCGGCAGAUGCUGGUGCUGGCGCGAUCGCUUCUGAAACCUGCUCGGGUUCUCAUCUUGGAUGAAGCGUUCUCGUCUGUGGAUCAAAAGUGCGAUAAGAAGCUUCUUGAAGUUGUUGAGAAGGAGUUCGUGAACUCAACGAUCUUUCUCAUCACACAUCGACUCGACCAGGUUCUGGGCUUCGACCGAAUCAUAGUGAUGCAAGGUGGGACGGUUGCUGAGUAUGGAGCUGCAGAAGACCUCGUCACGGACCCUGAUAGCGCAUUUUACGAGUUUUUGGAGACCACAUUGCUCACAUUUUAGAGUUCAUGAUUUUGAUUUAUUAUCUUCGUAAUGAAAAGUAUUAGAUGCUUCCCUCAC